UAGGUACUAGGUAGAAUGUGAAGUUUCCUCAAAACACGUGGUCCAGAACACGUGGCCAAGGUAAUGGACGCAGAUGGAGUCCCACUUGUGGGGCAGAGUCUGGACUUGAAGCUUCUAGAACCUUUACAGCACAAACGAACACUUGCUUAUAUCAACCAUUUCAUUAUACAGAUGACAGGACAUUUGAACAGAUUCGCGUGUCAAGCUGAGAGUAAACUAGCAGAGGUAGACCGCCGUACCCAACAAAUCCAAACAACCCUCCUGUUAUUAGAGGCUAAACUAGCCUCCAUUCCUGAACUUGAGGGGGUCAAGCUAGAGGAAGCUGUUAGCAAGGAUAACAACACAGCAGUCCCAGUUGAACAGACGGUACAGUCAGCUCCUGUUGUACCUGCUGAUAAGAUAGAGGAAGAGAAUGAGCAGCCCGCUGCUACUGCUGCUGCUGCUUCUGAACCAGCUCCAGAAUACACACCAGUCAGCAAAGAUCCACGGUAUGCAAAAUAUUUCAAGAUGGUGCACAUGGGAAUACCUCCCGCGGCUCUGCAUUCAAAAAUGAGAAUGGAAGGUUUAGACCCGAUAUAUCUAGAUAAUCCUGACCAGCCUGCUCCACCCAACUCGGGCGAAGUGGCUGCUGAUACGGACUCAGACUCUGAUGGUAGCAGCUAUGACAGCGAUUGAAAAAUGUUUGCAAAUAGGAAAAUAUCUUGGUUUGUAAAGAUCACACGUGACAUUACAUGUGUUAAAUUGAAGGU